AGUUUGCCUGAAUGGGCCGGCCCAGACUGCGCAUCCACACUGAAUCCACAGCCUCAUGUCAAAACAAUCUAAGCGACCGCACAUGACGACAUCAGGACUUCUAUAGCUCUACACUCUACACACGACGUAUCCUUGCUGCUUGAAUCUCUGCCAUGAGUGAAAACUUUCCUGAAGGCUACCGAGACCCUUCUCGCCCGAAUCCGGGCGGAGAGUACUCAGCGAGAAUCAUCAUCUAUGGCUACACGCCCUCACUAAGCUUCGCUGCAGUUGCGCUCGCGACUUUUGGUAUCAUGACGAUUGUUCAUCUGUACCUGACGGCGCGCUAUCGUACGCGCUACUUUUCAAUGGUGAUUCUAGGAUGCAUCUUUGAAAUGGUUGGCUAUGCAUUCCGUAUGGUCUCUUACCUUGGCAAUGUGUACGACUACCGCUGGUUCGUGGUGUCCUACUUCUUUCUGGUCGUCGCUCCGGUCCUGUACUCGGCCGCGAUCUACGCAUGUAUGUCAUCUCUCGUCAAGUCUACAGGGAAAUGGACACCGAAACAGGCGAAACAGAUUCUCAUCGUCUUUGUUACUUUCGAUGUAGUCUGCACUGUUGCACAGGUUGCUGGAGCAGCUGGAAUCGGUGCUGCAAGUAGUAACGGCAAGGAUCCAAGCAACGCAAACAAAGCUGUCAUUGCAGGUCUUGCAGUGCAAACAGCCGCCUUCUUGGUCUUCUUCAUCCUGCUUUCUCUGUUUGCGUUCACUACACCUUAUUGGAACAGCAUGGCUUCUGUGCUCACUCGGUCAGAAGAAACAGGCACUGUUAUUGUUCAAAAUCCGACGAGGGCCAAGUACCAUCUGCUUCGUGCUGGUAGAGAGAACAUCCCCUCCCACAUUCUACUACUGCUAGCAGCUUCCUUCUUCAUCUUUUUGCGAACAGUGUUCCGUCUGGCAGAAUCAGCUGAUGGAGUCAAUUCCAAGGCAGCAACGUCGGAGAUCCUGUUUGCCAUGCUGGAUUAUUUCCCUGUCAUUAUUGCAGUCAUCUUGCUUGCACUGGGACAUCCUGGUAAGUACACACAAGAAAACAUUGCUCGUGCAGAACAAGCCGUUGUGAACAAAGAGCGAGCGUGAUGGUACAAUUAUUGAAAAAUCAAG